AGGCGUUUGCUCAAGGGCUGGGGAAUAAUGUGCACUGCUUUUCUGUGUUGUUGUCGUCGGAAACUGCUUGGUUGCCUAGCACCACAGUCGUCUGCCUGCUCGUCCUUCUUCUCUGCUCAUCCUUCGCUGCUCAUCUGCUCUGGUCGCCUCGCAACCGCAGCUCGGCGACAAGUGCCGGGACGGGGACAAGAGGUGCCCGCGCGCGCACAGGGGACCAUGCUGCGAGGCAAGUCCCGGCUCAACGUGGAGUGGCUGGGCUACUCGCCCGGCCUGCUCUUCGAGCGCAGGCCGCUCCUGGCAGGCCGCACGUCGCGGAACCCCGGCCGAAACGAAAGUUCAUUAGCAUCUACCCUGAAGACGCUCCUGUUCUUCACAGCUUUAAUGAUCACUGUACCUAUUGGGUUAUAUUUCACGACUAAAUCUUAUGUUUUUGAAGGCGCCUUUGGGAUGUCCAAUAGGGACAGCUAUUUCUAUGCUGCUAUUGUUGCAGUAGUCGCCGUCCAUGUGGUGCUGGCCCUCUUUGUUUAUGUGGCCUGGAAUGAAGGCUCACGCCAGUGGCGAGAAGGCAAACAGGAUUAAAAUGAAUAAUUGUUGGCCAUUUUCAAGAAAGGGACAUCGCAUUGUUCAAAUUUCCUGUGACUGGUCAUUCCAGAUGCAGUGGCCCUUGCCAUGCUUGCCAUGCCGAUUGGUUUAUGCACCCCUGUGUUUGAUGUUACAGAAUUGGACUGAAGAAAUGGAUGGUUAGGCAUAAAGCCAAGUAGGCAUUUGUACUUAAUUGUUGGGAAAAAAAAGAUGAUCAUUGUAGGACUGUUUUUUUCUUAUAAUUAAAUAUUAUCUAUAGUUCAAAUGUCUUCCAGCAGUUAUUUUAAAUGUAAAGUGUUCUCUUUAAAAAAGACUAUAGUUUUGCAAGUUGCAGUGCUCCAAAAUCUUGCAACUAUAGCCUAUCUACUGUUAAAAGAACAUAUGGGAUGUGAACAGUUCCCAGGAAUGUGUUGUUUUAAUUUGUCUGAUUUUUCUCAACUAUUCAA